AACAAAAAGUUAAAGAAGAACAGCUGCCUAUAUGGGAGAGUGAAUGAGUGAGAAUCAUGUGACAUAUGCCACUCUCUCUACCCGCCGAAUCAAAAAGCCAUAAACUUUCUGAAUAUCCCAUCAAAUUAGCAACCACCCUUUUGCUCUCUCUCUCUGUAAUUUACACUCUUUCUUGGUUUUUGGGUUUCAAUGGCUUCAAGCGCUUCCAAGUUCAUCAAGUGUGUAACAGUUGGAGAUGGAGCUGUGGGGAAGACCUGUAUGCUCAUUUGUUACACCAGUAACAAGUUUCCCACUGAUUAUGUUCCCACAGUGUUUGAUAACUUCAGCGCAAAUGUGGUGGUUGAAUCUACAACAGUGAACUUAGGCCUCUGGGACACAGCUGGGCAAGAAGAUUACAAUCGCCUAAGGCCAUUGAGCUACAGAGGUGCAGAUGUCUUUGUCCUAGCUUUCUCAUUAGUUAGCCGUGCCAGCUAUGAGAACAUACUGAAAAAGUGGAUCCCUGAACUGCAGCAUUAUGCUCCUGGAGUUCCAGUAGUACUUGCUGGCACCAAACUAGAUCUUCGAGAGGAUAAGCACUAUUUGGCUGAUCACCCAGGGUUGGUACCUGUUACUAGCGCACAGGGCGAGGAGCUGCGCAAACAGAUUGGUGCUGCAUAUUAUAUAGAAUGCAGCUCAAAAACUCAGCAGAAUGUGAAAGCAGUUUUUGAUGCUGCUAUCAGAGUGGUUAUCAAGCCACCACAGAAACAAAAGGAGAAAAAGAAAAAGCCACGUCGAGGAUGUCUAGUCAACAUCGUUUGUGGGCGAAGGCUAGUGUGUCUCAAAUGAAGGCACCAACUUGAUAGCUGCCAUCUUGAUCAUGACUAUGUGCCACUUCUUGGAGGUUCUUCACCGCCAAGCUGUUUGGAUCCUGUGAAUUUGAUAAUUCAUCUAAAAUGUUUUUUCUUUUUUCUUUUCCUUAUUUUUUGUAUUUCAUGAUCCGUUAUAGAUAUGGAGAAAAUGGGUACACUUGUAACACCGAUACUGUGUUUACUAAUCUAAAGAACUUAAAUUUAUAGGCUUUAAACUUGCAAUA